CUCUCUCUGUUGUCAUUUUUAUCAUCACCCUUCUCUCCAAAUUCACACGUUCUUUCUUCACCCUUCCUUGCACCUUUACAUGUCAUUGACUGUCCCUUACCCUCUUCUUCACUUUCCCACCAUCUGCAACUUUUCUGAACCUUCUACCUAUCCACACAAUAUGUCCUCGUUCGUUUUCCUUCAACUUCCCUCUAACACUACCGCCACUGCUGUCACUUUCAUCUCUCUAAUAAUACUUCACCACUACUAGAGGUGGUGAGGUAGUAAAAUACCUCGUCACUAUCAGCAUCGCCAUCAAAGCUUACCCCCACCGAUACGACCACCAUUUGUAACCACUGUUUGUAUUAAUUCACUAACCCCGCCCCCGAUAAUCUCACUGUCUCCAUCACUUAUAACUACCACUACCUCCUUUGCCAUCACCAAUGCCGCCUCCAUACCAAUAUCACCCUUCAGCACCACCAUGAUUUGUUUCACCUCAACACCACUUACAACCUCCAUAGUCUUAAGUAUUUGACUAACUUUGACAUUUCUCUCUUAUGUCUAUGUAUUCCCUCACGUUCUAUAAUUUAGCUUGUUUCUCGUGUCACAAAGUAGAAGAAAAAAAAGGAACAUUAAAUAACAAAAAAUAAAAACUGUAGACAUUGAAAUAUCAAAACUGAACGUCUGCAAGUCCAGUGUCGUCUGCUGGUUAUGUAAAAGUUUUAUAACUUGAACUAAAACGAUAACUUUAUUUUAAAAAAUUUCAAAGGAAAUUUCAUUGAAAAAAAUUUUACAAGCAAAAAGCUAAUAACAAUCUCAAAAAUUGAAACUACAUAUAAUACAAUAACUUUUGUAAUUAUUAUAAAGACGAUAAAACGUCCCUGUUAGAAAUAAUGGAGAAUUAUCCAGACAAAUGGCGAAAUGUCCCCUGCAAAUCACAGAUGAUAACUGGAUUGGAUUUCAUCAAAAGACUUGUGAAAAUAUGGAAGAAGACGUAUCAAGUGAGUGGAGCAGAAGUGGCUCGCUCGAGAUGCGCAAUUUCCUUCGACCAGGUAAACAAUUCCGAUUAGUCAGUCGAGGUGGUCAUGUAAACAUCAAGCAAACCGGAAUCAGCAAACGCAACCAGAAAUUUCUGUCAGAUUUCUUCACGACACUCAUUGAUGUCAAGUGGCGAUGGAACCUUUUAAUAUUUGUGGUGUCAUUUAUUUCAUCCUGGUUACUUUUUGCUAGUUAUUUCUAUGUUUUGGCUCAUUUACAUGGAGACUUUGAAGACGACAAUCCAGAAAAUUGGGUGCCAUGCAUAGAAAGUGUCCACUCUUUUACAACUGCUUACUUAUUUUCAAUUGAAACUAUGACAACAAUUGGAUAUGGCUCACGUUAUGUAUCAGAGGAAUGUCCAGGCGCAGUUCUUGGAGUACUUUUUGAAUCUAUUCUUGGAGCAGCUAUGCAAGCAGCAUUCUGUGGUUUGGUCAUAGCAAAAGUGAAACGUGGUAAAAAGCGUUCUUGCACGAUAUUGUUCAGUAAGGUAGCUUGUAUCAUGGAAGAAGAUUUGCAAUACAAGUUUGUAUUUCGUGUGGGUGAUAUGCGAAAAUCUCAUCUGAUCACUGCCAGUGCUCGAGGUUUAUUUAUUAAAAAAAGUUUCUCAAAAUCUGGCAAUAAUAUUCCAGUGGAAUAUUUCAAUGUGAAUUUCAAAGCUGAAGAUGGACACAACAAUUUAUUUUUGGUCUGGCCAACCAACGUUUACCAUGAAAUAGAUGAAAAAUCACCGUUUUAUAAUAUUUCACGGGAUAGUUUACGUCACGAGAACUUUGAAAUAAUUGUGAUGUUACAGGCUGUAGUCUCAACAACUGGUCGAACUGUACAAGCAAAAACUUCUUACUUGCCUUGGGAUAUCAUUUGGGGACAUCGUCUAGAACCAUUAACAACAUCCAUUGAUAUUAAUGGUUCACAUAUCGUAGAUUUUACUCACUUUGACACCACAUAUCCAGUUCCUACCCCUUGGUGUAGUGCUCAGACUUUCAAUUACAUCAUAAAAUCAGGUCGAUAUACACCAGAACUGCUGCUAAACAGAGACGAUAUGGGUGAACUGAUCAAAGAAACUGAAAGCACCUCAGCCAAAAAGACAUAUACAUUAUUUGGCUCUAUACCCGAUCUAACACAUCGAAAUUGGAUGUAGAGCAUGAAAGAAGAUUGUAGACUUAACAUUCAUGAUUAAUCUUCAUAAUCACUUGCAGACUUAAACUUCAUGAUUGCAAGGAGUAAAAGUUUAGCUCAAGUUCCAGUGUUUCAAGUGACCAAAUUGACAAUUUGAAGAAGAAAGUGUACCUCUACCAGUUUUGACAAAAAGUCAAUGAGUUUAUUUUACAUACUGUAGAGAUCAACAAUUUAUGCUCUGUUCCUUAAAAUAAAAGUAGCAAUCGUAUGUUCAUAUGUUCAAAGAACAAUCAACAAAAAAAAUGGACUGGUAGGUAAAAAAAAAACAACAAAAAAAAAACAGUGCCAGGACAAAAAUAUUCCAUGAAGGUGAUCAAAUAAGAGAGAGAAGAGGGAGGUUAUUGACUCUCUAACAAGGAACAAAUAGAAAUGAGAACUCCACUCAACUAGUAUACUAUUCAAUACUAGUUAUCAGAAAUGAAGAUUGUUUAUGAUAUGAGAGCUGUAUUGAUUAACAGUGUAUGUUAGUGACACCUAUAUAUUUGUAUUAAUUCAGAGUCACUGAGAGACAAGCUGCACUUUCCUUUUAUAUAAAACAAAACUAUAUUUUCUCAUUGUUUGAAAUUGUUGUGACAUCUGUUGUUUAUAUGUUAGCACAUGGCACACACACACACCACACCACACCAUACAUAGAAUGGUUGCCAAACGUCUAAAACCAUUGAGCAGAUUUU